CUGUGAUUGCCGCCCACUGUACCAUAUAAUUAGUGACAACACCGAUUUUUAUCCAACUUUUUACAGGGUUGCAUAGUAAUGUUAUGAUUGGGGCAUUGGCAUCACUGAACUUUGUUGUAUUUCUGUGAUUGGCUUUUGAGGUUUGAACAAAAAUGAAUGUGCCAGGAAUUGGACUUCCUCCACAAAAUCCUCAACAACAGCAACAGCAGCCACCCCAACCAUUAGACAAUAUAUCAAAAAUAAAAACAUUAAUAGGACCUUUAAGGGAAUCACUUUCGAACACUAUUAAAACGGCAGCUCAAACUUUAAAUCAAAACAGCCAAGUGGACGUAGGAUCACUGAAAGGAGUGGACGUCCAAAUACCUCGUUUCGAUAAAUGCCUAGAAGAGUUUUAUUCAAUUUGCGAUCAAGUGGAAUUGCAUUUGAAAACAUCUAUUAAGUGUUUAAGUCAAGGUGAAAGUGGAAAUCGCUAUUUGCAGUUACCCGUAGCACCUACUAGAAAUGAAAACUUGGGCAUCCCAGACAAUACGUUAACGUACCCUCAGUUUUUGAGUACAGUUAAUUCUCAAAUAGCGUUCACGAAGGAAAUACACGAUACACUUGUCGCCGCUGCACAAAAUAUUUCUCCUUCUGAUUGAUGUUUUCAGCAAAUAUAUUAAUGUUCGUUUGCGUUUCCUAUUAUGUGGCAGUCUGCGGAAAGGACGCCACAUAAAUGAUUGUUGUUGUGAACGAAUUAUAUAAAUAUAGAACUUCUAAUUA